AUGACAAAGUUCAAGAAGGGGUCUUCAUGGAAGACAAUUAACAAUAAUUCCAAGUCAUUUGAAAUGUUGAAUGGAUUUACAGGAUUUAUUACUUUGAAGAAUAAGGGAAAGGAGCUAAAGGUGGCUGUUACUGGAAAGAUGUAUGCAAUUUUAAUUGGACACAAUUCCAUACUGACCUAUUCUUACUUGUCUAAUUGUGCUAGUCCUUAUGAGUCAUCAUUGGAAGAAUGUGUUUUCAAAUCAAUGCCUCCAAAAGAAUCCACUCUAUUCACCUCUCUAUACUGUGAUAUUGCUGAUUCUCUGUGGUUGAGACACCCAUUUGGUUGGGUCUAUCAGGAAAAAGACUAUUCUGAAUUGAGCUAUCUCUAUUCUCCAGUUCAUAUCAAAAAAUCAGCUAUUGAUCAAAUUAUUGUGGAACAAAUUACCAAUGAUCAAUUCAAAUCAUUAGAAGAUCUUUCAAAUCAACAUUUAAAUCAUCUCACUUCCACACUAAAGAAUGUCAAGAUUAUUAGUCCUGUCAAGAAACGUGAAAGAUUCAAUCCAUCACUAACUGUUUCAACAACCAACAUUUCUGGAUCCAGAUUAUUUUAUGAAUUUGAAAUUAGCUAUCAAAAAGAAGAUACCACACUCACAAGAAUCGUCAACCUUACAACAACUUUUGGAAGAAACUUUUGGUUCCUCUCCUAUGAAACCUCAACAAAAUCCCAAAUCAAUAAGGAUACCUACGAGUGCACUAUUUCACAAAUUCGUUUCGAUGAAUCAAAGAAAGAAUAAAGAAUAUAUUG